GGCACUUGUUCCUACAACAGGACUGUCUGGUAGCAUGACAGGAGGCAACAACCUGAGCUGACCCCCGAGAGCACAGGCAGAGCCAGAGUAAAUGCAUACACUGCGGCGCUUCUCUGCAGCCAAACUGGCUAAAGCUGUCAGCAGAUGGCCCUCAAGGCUAAAGGGCACAGGAGGAAGACCUUCAGCUCCACUGGGUUCACGGAUUCUCACCAGUCCUGAUGACAUCUUUAAGCACAACAUGUGGGAUCAUGUGCACUGGACAGAGGAGGAUAAAGAAAAUGCACGGCAGAAGGCAGAAGAAAAUUCCUGCAUACAAAUUCCCAAAGAGGAACAAGGUAAAUUCGACACAGAGGCUCACCAAUACUGGGACAAGUUUUACGAGAUGCAUCAGGAUAAAUUCUUUAAAGACCGCAAGUGGCUGUUUUUAGAGUUCCCAGAGCUGCUUCCUUCUGGUGCAAAAAGUCAAGCCACAAACAGGUGUCUGGGUGUUGAGCAGGCGUCAUACCUACAACCUACUGGAUCCAGUGUAGACACAGACACCAGACACCAGCAACACAAUGGCACCACACACCAUCACAACCAUCAGGAGUCGUGUGCUGCCACACAGACGACUACUUUCCCUGGCCAGCAUGCAUCUUUCAGGAUCUUGGAGGUUGGAUGUGGGGUUGGUAACAGUGUAUUUCCCAUCGUUGAUUCCUUAAAAGGAACAGAUGCAUUUUUAUACUGCUGUGACUUCUCCACAUGUGCCAUUCAGCUGGUCAAGGACCACCCAGGAUACGAUGACUCUGUGUGUCACGCCUUUGUCCAUGACAUCUGUGAGGAGAUGGCCUCCUUUCCCUUCCCUCCACAGAGCCUGGAUGUUAUCCUGGCGGUCUUUGUGCUCUCCUCCAUUCAUCCGGAGCGAACGCAAGGAGUUGUGAACCGACUAUCUACAUACCUGAAACAUGGAGGGAUAUUUCUCUUCCGUGAUUAUGGGAGAUAUGACCUCUCACAGCUCAGGUUUAAGAGGGGACGGUGCUUAUCAGAGAAUUUCUACACACGUGGAGAUGGAACCUGCGUGUACUUUUUUACUAAAGAUGAGGUUCAUGAUUUAUUUUCCAACGCUGGACUGCAAGAAAUUCAGAAUCUCGAGGACAGACGACUUCAAGUGAACAGAGGAAAGAAAGUUGCAAUGCAUCGGGUCUGGAUGCAGAGCAAGUUCAGAAAACCAUAUCCACCUUCACCAUCUUAACACCAUACGCAGCCUAAGUUGGAGCUUUGUGCCUUUUAGUAUAUUUAUACUUUUUAUACUGUAGUACCUAUUUAUUCAAUUAUUUUUUUUCUACCAAAGGAGUCUGUAUCAACAAAACUGUGUGCAAUAAAUUUACAAAACAUG